UGUUUCGAAAUUAUGAAUAAUGGACAUAUUUCUCAAAAGUUUGUGUGUAUUCAGAGCCAUAACAUCUCCAAAAAUGUAUCCUUUAAUGCCCCUUCUACAGACUCAGGGAUAUACCUAUGCUUGUCCUUCUCAGGUGUGAAUGUGCAAACAGGGGAAAAUCCACUUCAGAGACUCACUCAGGCAUGUCUCAGCUUACGCACAAGGAAUUUGUCCUCUUCAAACAUAUCCUGAUUUUGACUCUUUGCUCGAAAUUAAUCAGUAAUCUGGAGGGAAAAAAUUCUAGAAUCUGAUUUGUGCAAUCAAGAAUCUGUCUUCAUGAGCACACUGGAGAUUUAUGUUCAGUGUCCAUGGAUGCAGGAAACUGGUCAAGAGUAACUGAGUUUGUCCUCAUCAGCUUCUCUUCCCUGCCUACUGAAAUACAGACCUUGCUCUUCCUGGCAUUUCUAGCCAUCUACCUGAUCACUCUGCUGGGAAACAGCCUCAUCAUUCUGGUAACCUUGGCUGAUCCCAUGCUGCAAAGCCCAAUGUACUUCUUCCUCAGGAACUUGUCCUUCAUAGAGAUUGGCUUCAACCUGGUUAUUGUGCCCAAAAUGUUGGGGACCUUGAUUGCCCAGGACACAAGCAUCUCCUUCCUUGGCUGUGCCAUUCAGAUGUAUUUCUUCUUCUUCUUUGGAGUGGCUGAAUGCUUCCUCCUGGCCACCAUGGCAUAUGACCGCUAUGUAGCCAUCUGCAGUCCCUUGCACUACCCAGUCAUCAUGAACCAAGGGACACGUGCCAAACUGGCUGCUGCCUCCUGGUUUCCAGGAUUUCCUGUAGCCACUGUGCAGACCACAUGGCUCUUCAGUUUUCCAUUCUGUGCCACCAACAAGGUGAACCACUUCUUCUGUGACAGCCCACCUGUGCUGAGGCUGGUCUGUGCAGACACAGCUCGGUUUGAGGUCUAUGCCAUUGUUGGCACCAUUCUGGUCGUCAUGAUACCCUGCCUGCUGAUUCUAUGUUCCUACACUCGCAUUGCUGCGUCCAUCCUCAAGAUUCCAUCAGCCAAAGGGAAGCACAAAGCCUUCUCCACUUGCUCCUCACAUCUCCUGGUUGUCUCUCUUUUCUAUGUGUCUUUAAGCCUCACUUACUUUAGGCCUAAAUCAAAUAAUUCCCCUGAAAGUAAGAAAUUAUUAUCAUUGUCCUACACUGUUGUAACUCCUCUGUUGAACCCCAUCAUCUAUAGCCUGAGAAAUAAUGAGGUGAAGAAUGCUCUAAGUCGAACCUUCCACAAGGCUCUGACCCUCAGAAACUUAAUCCUAUAG